GCUACCUCGAAACGCUAAAAAUAGGAAGGGAAAUACCCUUUUCAGUAAACGCCAUCUUUUUCCUGGUCACGAUAUUAAAUAUUUUGAUAGUUAUAUCGGUCGUUUUGCGAUUAAUAGAUCUAUGCUGGUGUCAGAACCACCGUUGAAUGUGAUCACUGAUUAAGAAAUUUCAAAGAGUGACGUUAUACAGCAGAACAUUUUGAAAAUGCAGCAAGAAGCUGUAACCAUGUCUGAUUUAACACCUGGUUACAACCUAAACCAAGGAGGUUUAAGCCCGUCAAUAAAGAUAUUGCAAGACAAGGCAAGUCAGGGGCCGUUUGAAUCAAAGCAUGAAUCUAAAGUUGAGAGCAAUCCACCAAAAUUAGGCACGAACGACGGCAGAAAGGAAGUAAAAUCAAAGAUUUUCGAGAUGCCGAUCAGGGAAGAAGUGAAUGCUACGAAUACGGAGCAAGUCGUUCCUAAACCGACAGAACCUAUCAAGGAACGUUCGAUUGAUUUGAAUAAAGAAAAUGAUGAAUAUAAAAGGUUAAAGUCUGAAAAUCUCAUUUUAAAACAAGAAAUAUCUAAUCUGCAAGAGGAGAUCAGAAAAGUGGAAAGGCGGAUAUAUAAUAGUAUUCACCAACAAGGCUUUGACGAUGAAGAGGAAAUCGAAGCUGUUGUGGACCAAUUCGGCUCUCAGCCACACACUGGAAUCAUGCCUAAAGAGUGUUACAAUAGAAUUCAACAACAUUUGGAUUUCCUUAGGGAGGAUCUAGAUCCCAAGCACUUAUUGAAAUCCCUGCUUUUGAGACACGUCAUUAGCAAAGAUGACGUAGGCACACUCAAAUCUGCCCUACACAGCCGUGGAAGAAGGGCCUGUGCUGAAGUUUUGAUAUUUGUUAUCUUAAGAUGCACAUUAUCUGUUUAUAAGCAGUUUUUGAUUUGCUUAGAAGAAAAUGGCUAUUUUUCUGCCAUGAAGAAAUUAGAACCUGGAUGCGAGUUCUAUGAAGGAAAGAUUAAGUUUUCUAAUCAGAAACACCAUUUUAUUAAAAAUCAGAAGAGUCCGGAGUAUAAAGAGUGUGUUAAACGCUUUGAAGAGAAUAUAGAGAAGUUAUACCAAACAAUUCCAGGCGAACAAAUUGUCGGUGUCAGGGACUUGACCAAAGGGUGUGUUGAGGUAUCAUUUCAUUUGAUAUCAUUAGGUGGUAAAUCAAAUGAAGAGGAACUGAGGCGUGUCUUGGAAGAUGCUAUAAAAUCUGGUAAAAUCGGUGAUAAUGCCGUUUCACCUGAGGGGUUUUCGUUCCAAAAGAUUUCAUCAGAUGAACUGACGGAGAUGGGAUUGACGAGUCAAAAGAAACAGACUAUGGAUGACCUGGAGAGGGAAAUCGGCAAACUUGAAGCAGAAAAUAUCCGACUUAAGGUCGAUCUUAAUCAUACCAAGACAGAAAAUCAUGAUUUGAAAGAGGAAAUAGAAAAACUUAGACGCUUCAAAGAAGAGAAUAAGAAGUUGCGGGCACAACUAGCAGAUGCCCAGAGAUUGGAAGAAGAGAACAGGAAACUAAAAGAACGAAUUGAACAAUUAGAACGAAAAUAAACAUGCUAAAGAUGAUAGGAUAACGUAUUAAAUUAGAUACCAACAUAACAAUCCCGUAGCCUGCUAGCUGGCUGCGGAGGGGCAGUGAACUUUUUAGAGUGGUGGUCCAGGGGUCUUCCCCCGGAAAAUUUUGGAAAUUGGACGACCGCAAACGCGUUUUCUAGUCCAGAAAAUCGUUCUCUAGCAAACUCUGAACAAAAUAUACUAACACAGAGAUCAUUGCUACUAUAGCUGAGUAAUACAGGUUUCCUGAAUCGGAAGUGACGAACGCCAAAGGAAAAUACGAGUCAUCCCUCUAUAUAACUGAUUGAAGUGACGAGUGAUAACAGAUACAUGGGCGAAUUGCUGCUCAAUAAUAAUUCCUUCCAAGAUCAAAAGUUGUUGUGUGAGACUGAGAGGAUAUCUGACAAUUCACAAAAAUAAUUGACUGCCACUAGAUAAGAGAACACGAAAUAAAAAGUCCGUGCAUUACCGUGUUUUUAUAAGGUAUAGAAUGAAUAUAAACAAGGGAAUGUACGGACUAUUUCUAUUUUUCUCGUGUUCUCUUAUCUAAUGGCAUUCAAUUACUUUAUUGAAUUGUCAGGUAUCCUGUUACAGUCCCAUAUAACAACUUUUGAUCUUCGAAGGAAUUAUUAGUGAGCAGAAAUUGCCGUGUAUCUGUCACAUCAGUCAGUUAUAUAGAGGGAUGACUCGUGUUUUCCUUUGGCGUUCGUCACUUCCGAUUAAGGAAACCUGUAUUACUUAGCUAUCGUAGCAAUGACCUCUGUGUUAAAAUUAUAUUUGGAAGGUGUUUAACCAGCUCUAUCACAUGUGAUAAUGACUGGCACCAAUAUUGUCCUUGAAGUAUGUCUUAAAAUAAACCGAUUACAUUUCUUGUUUCACUUUGCCAAUUUGUAUAUAUAGUCUAAUUCUAUAGUAAUUGACAAUAUGUCAUUUCCAUGAAAAUAUGUUUUUGUACCCCACCUUUCGAAGAAAGCAGGGGACUACUAAAAUGGGUCUGUUUGUCUGCCUGACUGUCUGUCCGUCACACUUUUUGCGACACAAUAACUCUCCUUCUAAUUAAGCUAGAAUGUUCAAACUCUGUGUAGGUGUUUAAUAGGCCACUGCCUUGAUGAAGUUCGAAGAUGAGUAUUUUCUGCUUAGGGUAAGCAGAGAUAAGCAAUUUGAUUGAUUGAUGCUUUGGAACACGAUAACUUUAGUUCUAAUUAAGUGAGUGAUGAAACUUGGUGUAUAGUUUCAUUACAUCAAUACCAUGACCUAGUUCGAUAAUGAUCAUUUUCUGCUUAGGGUAAGCAGGGCGAUAAGCAAUUGGCUUGGUCGAGACUUUGGAACACAAUAACUCUCCUUCUAAUUGUGCUAGAAUGUUCACACGUAGUGUGGGCGUUUAUUAGGUGAAUGUCGUGAAGGAGUUUAAAGAUGAGCAUUGUCUGCUUACGAGAAUCAGAGAAAAGAAUUUCAUUGGUUGAUGCUUUAGGACACGAUAACUUUGGUUAUAAUUAAGUGAGAGUGAUGAAACUUCAUGUAUAGUUCUAUCAAAUCAAUACCUUGACUAAGUUCGAUAAUGGGCAUUUUCGGCAAUAAGCAUGGCAAUAAGCAAUUUGAUUGAUCGAGUUUUGAUCUGAUUGGCCAAGACUUUCGAACACAAGAACUCUCAUAGAAUGUUCAACUUGUAAUAUUAGGUGAACCGUCUUCAUUAGCCUAGUUCGGAGCAGAACAGUAGGACGUUAAACCCAUUUCAUUUCUAUUAGCUGAACACCUCGACAGAGUUCGAUCAGGCAAUUUACCACUAAUUCUAAGCAGAGAUAAGCAAUUUGAGUGGUUGAGACUUUGGAACACGUAUAACUCCGGGUCUAAUUGCAUGAGAGGGAUGAAACUCAGAGUAUAGAUUCAUUUUAUCAUUAUCUUGACUAAGUUCGAUGAUGAAAAUUCUCUCCUUAGGCAAAGGAGCGGUAAGCAAUGUGAUUGAUCAAGACUUUAGAACAUAACAACUCUGCUUUGAGGUAGAAUGUUUAAGCUGGACGUAUAUGUUCAUUUGGUGAAUGUUUUGACUGAUUUCAGUGAUUACAUUUACCGCUAAAGCUAAGCAGAGCUAAGCAAUUUCAAUAGGUCGAUGCUUUGGGACAAGAUAACUUUGAUUUUAACUGAUAGAGAGUGGUGAAACUUCGUGUAUAGUUGAUAUUCAGUUUGAUUGCACGAUACUUUUGAAAAAGAUAAACGUGCAGUUAAUUAAUAUCUGUCAUCUGUUUAUUUCGGGAUUUCGGCGGCGGAUAUCAGCCUCGCUGUUGGAUUGUUUACCUUUUCUUUUUUUGCCGAUAAUCAUCGAGAUAUCGUUUCUCAUUCCAAUCUAGUUGUACAUACUCGUCACCCCAUCCGUUCAUGGUUUCUUGUGACCACUUUACAGGUCAGCUUUCCUAAUGAUUUUUUUUCAGAUUUACAGAGUUUGUUCAUUGGAUGAUAUUAGGGAAAUUCAGAAUCGGUCUCAAAUACCGAUGAUAUCACCCAAUUUUAUUGCAAAUUCAAUAAACAUCGUAAAUGUUUUACAGCACGGUAUUCUCUGUGGAAUAGAACUGAAGAGGGAUUAAACAUUAGAGUAUAAAGAGUAGUUGUCUAUUUAUUUAUGUUUUGGGGGUUCUUUGUUUAAACGCGAUACAGGCCAAAUUCUUUUAUUUUCCUGUUAAAUUUGUUUACGCCCACAUUAAUUAAUAUGAAUGUUCAUUGUCGUCAUUUUUAAAUAAAACAAUAAAUAAAUUA